AUGAAGUGAGGUUAGUAGAAAAGUGCAGCCAAUAGAUCCCAAACCUGAGUUCACAGGGUUGAUCAAAGAUGAUGAACUCACAGGUCCAAGCCGGUUCACGCUCAGCCUUAUUAGUGGUUCCGAAUCCGAUUUUGAGGCCGAGCCGUGACUCGUUGGUCCGGCUCAAUCGGCCGGGAUCAUGGCCGGGAAACCGCCGGAAAGUGGGUAUGGGCAAGGUCUUUGCGGUGAUAUGGGACCGUUCGGUGAGCAAGAAGACGGGGGACAACGUGAUCACGGUGAAGGCGAAGGCGACGGUUAAGGUGACGGUGGGCGGGGAGUUGACGAACGUUGGGUUGGGCAGAGGGGUGGGUGAUUUAUUGGAGGUGUUGGGGAAAUCGGUGAGGUUGGAGCUUGUCAGUGAAGAGUUGGAUCCUCAAACGGGGCUUGAGAAGCCGACGAUGAAGGGGUAUUUACACAGAAAAAUAGGCCUCAAUGGCUUGGACGUGGUGGAGUAUGAGGGUGAGUUCAAGGUGAGCCCCAGUUUCGGGGCAGUGGGCGCGGUGUUGGUUCGGAAUGAGCACCACAAAGAGAUGUACUUCGAGAGCAUAGUGCUCAAUGGAUUUGAUCAAGGCCCUAUCCAAAUCACAUGCAACUCAUGGGUUCAUGCUCGCAGUGAUAAUCCCGAGGAUAGGGUUUUUUUUUCUGACAAGUCAUAUUUGCCACCGGUGACCCCAGCAGGGUUGAAGAAGCUGAGAGAGAAAGAGCUCGAGACGCUGAGGGGGAAUGGGCAGGGGGAGAGAAAGGAUUUUGAGAGGAUUUAUGACUAUGACAAAUACAACGAUCUUGGCAACCCUGAUGAUGCAGACACUGCAAGGCCUGUCCUUGGUGGCAAAGAUCAUCCAUAUCCUAGGCGUUGUAGGACAGGGCGCCCUAUGACCCGCACAGAUCCUCUGUCAGAAAGUCGACUUAAGAUUUUAGUGGAUUCACCUUAUGUCCCGAGGGAUGAAGCAUUCUCGGAAUUGAAACAGGCACAAUUCGGAUUGAAGACCUUGAAAUCGGUCCUACACGCGCUCAUCCCUGGUGUCGAGGCUUUUGUAGAAGACAAAAACAUGGGCUUCGACUUCUUCACUGAUAUCGAUCUCCUCUUCAAGCAUGGAGUUAAAUUCCAUAAGACAGAUGGGGAAGGUAGCGUACUGAACUCUUUGCUCCUUCCGAGGCUUGUGAAGAAGGCUGUGGAUGGAGGAAGCGAUGUCCUGCAAUUCGAGAUGCCAUCCAUUAUGGAUCGGGACAAGUUUUCUUGGAUGCGAGAUGAGGAAUUUGCACGUCAAACGAUUGCUGGCAUCAACCCGUAUUGCAUUGAAUUGGUUAAGGAAUUUCCCUUUGUGAGCACAUUGGAUCCGAAGAUCUACGGCCCAACUGAAUCUGCAAUAACGAAGGAAAUCAUUGAACGAGAAAUCAAAGGAGUCAUGACAGUUGAAGAGGCGGUGGCGCAGAAGAAGCUGUUUGUUCUAGACUACCACGACAUACUCAUGCCUUACGUGAACAAGGUGCGGGCAUUAGAGGGGACAACCCUCUAUGCGUCCCGGACCGUCUUCUUCCUCACCCACUUAGGCACCCUACAACCGGUGGCCAUUGAGCUUGUAAGGCCACGCUCUGAGACUGAGGAUGCUUGGCGUAAGGUAUUUACACAGGGAAUUGAUCACACGACCGCGUGGCUGUGGAAGUUGGCCAAGUGCCAUGUUGCUGCACAUGACUCUGGCAUGCACCAGCUAGUUUCACACUGGUUGAGGACACACUGUUGCACCGAGCCAUACGUGAUCGCGGCUAACCGUCAACUGAGUGCCAUGCACCCAAUAUAUAGGCUGCUGCAACCCCACUUCCGAUACACAAUGGAGAUCAAUGCCCUGGCUCGGCAGAGCCUGAUCAACGCAGAUGGGAUCAUUGAGUCGUGCUUCUCGCCAAUGAAGUACUCCAUCGAACUUAGCUCUUAUGCUUAUGAUUUGACCUGGCGUUUCGACAAGGAGGCCUUGCCUGCAGAUCUCAUCAAAAGGGGUUUGGCUGAGGAGGAUCCGACUGCGGAGCAUGGCGUAAAGCUUGUGAUUGAGGACUACCCUUUUGCCAACGACGGCCUCCUUAUAUGGUCUGCGAUAAAGCAAUGGGUCACAGACUAUGUCUCCUACUACUACUCUAACCCUGGCUCAGUGCAAUCCGACACUGAGCUCCAGGCUUUUUGGGAAGAAGUGAGAACCAAGGGCCAUGAAGACAAGAAAGAUGAGCCCUGGUGGCCAGUAUUGAAAACCAACGAUGACCUCAUUCAAGUUCUAAGCACCAUAGUUUGGGUGGUUUCUGGCCACCAUGCGGCCGUAAAUUUCGGUCAGUAUCCUUACGGGGGCUACUUCCCGAACCGCCCAACUAUUACUAGGAACAAUUUGCCAGUAGAGAAUGAGAGUUGCGCUGAGUUCAAGAGAUUCCUCGAGAAACCAGAAACAACAUUGUUGUCAAGUUUUCCAUCUCAACUCCAAGCAACAAAGGUGAUGACUAUACUAGAUGUGUUAUCCUCUCACUCUCCAGAGGAGGAGUAUCUGGGAGGUCAGGUGGAGCCUGAAUGGGCCUUAGUGCCAGAAAUUAGGGCAGCUUUUGAGAAGUUUAGUGGUAGGAUGAAGGAGAUAGAGGGUAUCAUAGACCAGAGGAACACUGAUCUUGAAUUGAGGAACCGGACAGGUGCAGGCGUGGUGCCAUAUGAGCUCUUGAAGCCCUUCUCUGAGCCUGGAGUCACUGGAAAGGGUGUUCCAACUAGCAUUUCCAUAUAGAGAUUGAGCUUUUCGUCAUUGAGGUUCAGUUUCUUUCGGUUCGAACCUUUUUAGCCUAGUGAUAUAUGGUACUCGAAAGGGAGAAGGAAUAAGGAAGAGGAAAAUAAAUAAUAAGAAAAUCUAACCAAGGGCUAUAAUCCUUUUCAACUGUACUCUCUAUGGUUGGUGUCUGUUUGCAGUUUGUACUUAGAGUUUCUAGCUAAUGAAUAUGCACUUUACUUGUUACA